GCGCCCAGUCCCGCUCCCGGCCGGAGCUCGACCAUGGCCAGUGGCAGCUGUCAGGAGAGCGAGGACGAGGAAACUCUGAAGAAGUUGAUAGUCAGGCUGAACAACGUCCAGGAGGGAAAGCAGGUAGACACUCUGGUCCAGAUCCUGGAGGACAUGCUGGUGUUCACGUACUCCGACCACGCCUCCAAGUUGUUCAAAGGCAAAAAUUUCCACGCGCCCCUGUUGAUCGUCUUGGACUCCUAUAUGAGAGUGGCGAGUGUGCAGCAGGUGGGUUGGUCUCUUCUCUGCAAAUUAAUAGAGGUCUGUCCAGGUACACUGCAAAGCUUAAUGGGCCCCCAGGACAUUGGAAAUGAUUGGGAAGUCCUCGGAAUACAUCAACUGAUUCUUAAAAUGCUGACAGUUCAUCAUGCCAAUGUAAACCUGUCAACAGUUGGACUAAAGGCUUUAGAUCUCCUCUUAACUUCAGGAAAAAUCACACUGCUGAUAUUAGAAGAAGAAAGUGAUAUUUUCUUGUUAAUUUUUGAUGCCAUGAGCACAUUUUCAAGCAAUGAUGAGGUCCAGAAACUGGGAUGCAAAGCUUUACAUGUGCUGUUUGAGAGAGUUUCUGAAGAACAACUGACUGAAUUUGUUGAGAACAAAGAUUAUAUGAUACUGCUAAAUGCAUUAAAUACUUUCAGAGAUGAAGAGGAAAUCGUGCUUCAUGUACUUUGCUGUUUACAUUCCCUAGCGAUUCCUUGCAAUAAUGUUGAAGUCCUCAUGAGUGGCAAUGUCAGAUGCUAUAAUAUCGCUGUAGAAGCCAUGAAAGCAUUCCCUCUCAGUGAGAAAAUUCAAGAAGUGAGUUGCUGCUUACUCCAUAGGCUUACAUUAGGUAAUUUCUUCAACAUCCUGGUGUUAAAUGAGGUGCAUGCUUUUGUGGUGAAAGCCUUGUGGCAGUAUCCGGAGAAUGCAGUGCUACAGAUCUCGGCACUUGGCUGUUUAGCGCUUCUCACUGAGACCAUUUUCUUAAAUCAAGACUUAGAGGAGAAGGAUGAGAACCAGGAGAAUGAGGAAGAGGAGAAGGAGGGAGAUAAGCUGUUCUGGCUGGAGGCCUGUUACAGGGCCUUAACAUGGCACAAGAAGAAUAAACACGUGCAGGAGGCUGCAUGCUGGGCACUAAACAAUCUCCUUAUGUACCAACGCAGUUUACACCAGAAGAUCGGGGAUGAAGACGGCCAGUUCCCGGUGCACAAGGAGGUGAUGUUGGCCAUGCUCAUGCACUCUUCAUCGCGGGAGGUCCUGCGGGCCUCGGCGGCUGCGCUGUCCACACUCUUAGAACAAAACGUCAAAGUCAGAAAAAUCCUGCUGUCUAAAGGAAUAUACCUGAAUGUCCUGGAAUUAAUGCAGAGGCAUAUCCAAUCUCCAGAAGUGGCUGAAAGUGGCUGUCAAAUGCUAAAUCAUCUCUUUGAUGGAAGCAAUACUUCCCUGGAUACAAUGGCAACAUUGGUCCCCAACAUAAUAACAGUUAUGAAAAGUCAUGAAAUGUCAUUGUCAGUGCAGCUGGAGGCACUGCGAGCCCUGUUACAUUUUAUAGUGCCAGAUAUGCCAGAAGAAUCCAGAGACGAAUCUCAAUGUAAACUGAAUAAAGUUAAGAAACAGUGUUUAAAGAAUGAUCUUCACAAACUGGUCCUAGCGGCUUUGAACAGGUUCAUUGGAAACCCUGGGAUUCAAAAAUGUGGGUUAAAAGUCAUUUCUUCUAUAACACACUUCCCUGAAGCAGUAGAGAUGUUGUCCUUGGAUGGUGCCAUCGAUUCUGUACUUCACACCCUGCAGAUGUAUCCAGAUGACCAAGAAAUCCAGUGUCUGGGUUUAAGUCUUAUAGGAUGCUUGAUUACAAAGAAGAAUUUAUGCAUAGGAGCUGGGCAUCUGGUGGCAAAAAUUCUGGUUUCCAGCUUACAACGAUUUAAAGAUGUUGCUGAAGUACAGAUUAAAGGAUUUCAGACAGUCCUGGCAAUACUUGAAUUGUCAGUAUCUUUUUCCAAGCUGCUGGUGCACCAUUCAUUUGAUUCCGUAAUAUUCCAUCAGUUGUCUUCUGGUAUCGUGGAACAGAAGGAUGGACAGUUCCUAAGCCUCUGUUGCAAGUGCUUUGCAAAAUUAGCUGUGGAUGAGGAGUUAAAAAGCGUGAUGCUGAGGAGAGCGUGUGAUCAGAACAAUAGCAUCAUGGUUGAAUGCUUGCUUUUACUGGGAGCUGAUGCCAAUCAAGCAAAGGAGAGAACACCUUUAAUUUGCCAGGUGUGUGAGCAGGAGAGCAGUCCCAAAUUGGUGGAACUGUUACUCAAUAGUGGAUCCCGGGAGCAAGAUGUCAGGAAAGCGUUAACCAUAAGCAUCCAGAAAGGUGACAGCCAGAUCAUAAGCUUGCUCUUGAGGAGGCUUGCCCUGGAUCUGGCCAACAACAGCAUCUGCCUCGGAGGAUUUUGUAUAGGGAAAAUUGAGCCUUCUUGGCUUGGUCCUUUAUUUCCAGAUAAGACAUUUAAUUUAAGGAAACAAACAAAUAUAGGAUGCACGCUGGCAAGAAUGGUGCUCAGAUAUCAGAUGAAAAGAUCUGCUGAAGAAGGAGCAGCCUCAGGUGGUGGUGCGGAUUUUUCUGAAGAUGUACUUGAUAAAUUUGAUGAAUGGACCUUCAUCCCAGAUUCUUCUAUCGACAGUGUGUUUGGCCAGAGCGAUGACCUGGAUAGCGAAGGAAGUGAAGGUUCAUUUUUUGCAAGAAAGAAAUCAAAUUCAGUUAAUGUAGGAGAAUUUUACCGAGAUCCUGUUUUACAGCGUUGUUCUCCAAAUUUGCACAGACAUUCCAGUUCGUUGGGGCCUAGUUUUGAUCAUGAGGAUUUCCUGAGGCGAAAGAGAAAACUGUUGUCUUCAGAUGAUUCACUUAGGUCAUCAAAAUUUCAACCCCAUGUGAGGCAUUCGGACAGCGUUUCUUCUAUAGCUUCAGAGAGAGAAUACAUUACGUCCCUAGACCUUUCUGCCAAUGAUCUCAGAGAUAUUGAUGCCCUGAGCCAGAAAUGCUGCAUAAGUGGGCAUCUGGAGCACGUCAAGAAGCUGGAGCUCCACCAGAAUGCACUCACGGCCUUCCCACAGCAACUCUGCGAAACUCUGAGGUGUUUGACACACUUGGAUUUGCACAGUAACAAAUUUGCAUCAUUUCCUUCUUACUUGUUGAAAAUGAACUGUAUCUCCAAUCUUGAUGUCUCUCGGAACAACAUCGGACCCUCCAUAGUUUUAGAUGCCUCGGUGAGGUGUUCCACCCUGAAGCAGUUGAACCUGUCGUAUAAUCAGCUCUCUUCUGUCCCUGAGAACCUCUCGGAUGUGGUAGAGAAGUUGGAGCAGCUCAUUUUAGAAGGCAAUAAAAUAUCAGGGAUAUAUUCUCCCUUGAGCCUGGAGGAACUGAAGAUUUUAAACCUUAGUAAAAACCACAUUUCAUCCCUACCAGAGAACUUUCUUGAGGCUUGUCCAAAAGUGGAGAGUUUCAGUGCCAAAAUGAAUUAUCUUGCUGCUAUGCCUUUCUUGCCUUCUUCUAUAACAAGCCUAAAAUUGUCUCAAAACAAAUUUACGUGUAUUCCAGAUGCAAUUUUAAAUCUACCACACCUACGGUCUUUAGAUAUGAGCAGCAAUGAUAUUGACCAUCUGCCAGGUCCUGCAAACUGGAAGUCUCUGAACUUGAGAGAGCUCUUAUUUAGCUACAAUCAGAUCAGCAUCUUGGACUUGAGUGAAAAAGCAUGCACGUGGUCUAGAGUGGAGAAACUGCAUCUUUCUCAUAAUAAAUUGAAAGAGAUUCCUCCUGAGAUUGGCUGUCUUGAAAAUCUGACCUCUCUUGAUGUUAGUUACAACGUGGAACUGAGAUCCUUUCCCAAUGAAAUGGGGAAACUAAGCAAAAUAUGGGAUCUUCCUUUGGAUGAGCUGCGUCUUAACUUUGAUUUUAAACACAUAGGGUGUAAAGCCAAAGACAUAAUCAGGUUUCUUCAACAGCGAUUGAAAAAGGCUGUGCCCUACAACCGAAUGAAACUUAUGAUAGUGGGAAAUACUGGUAGUGGUAAAACCACAUUAUUACAGCAGCUAUUGAAAGCCAAGAAAUCUGACCUUGGAAUGCAGGGUGCCACAGUGGGCAUAGAUGUCAGAGACUGGCCUAUCCCGAUAAAAGGCAAAGGGAAGAAGGACCUCGUCCUCAAUGUAUGGGAUUUUGCAGGUCGUGAGGAAUUCUACAGUACUCAUCCCCAUUUCAUGACCCAGAGAGCUUUGUAUCUUGCGGUUUACGACCUCAGCAAGGGGCAGGCAGAAGUGGAUGCCAUGAAGCCCUGGCUCUUCAACAUAAAGGCUCGCGCUUCUUCCUCCCCCGUGAUUCUUGUCGGCACGCACUUGGAUGUUUCUGACGAGAAGCAGAGGAAGGCCUGCAUAAGUAAAAUCACCAAAGAGCUCCUGAAUAAGCGCGGGUUUCCUUCCAUCCGAGAUUACCACUUUGUGAAUGCCACCGAGGAGUCUGAUGCUUUGGCAAAGCUUCGGAAAACCAUUAUCAAUGAGAGUCUUAAUUUCAAGAUCCGGGAUCAGCCUGUUGUUGGGCAGCUAAUUCCAGAUUGCUACGUAGAACUUGAGAAAAUCAUUUUAACAGAGCGCAAAACUGUGCCAAUUGAAUUUCCUGUAAUUGACCGGAAACGAUUAUUACAACUGGUAAAGGAAAAUCAGCUGCAGUUAGAUGAAAAUGAGCUUCCUCAUGCUGUUCAUUUCCUAAAUGAAUCAGGAGUCCUCCUUCAUUUUCAAGACCCAGCCCUGCAGUUAAGUGACUUAUAUUUUGUGGAACCCAAGUGGCUUUGUAAAGUCAUGGCACAGAUUCUGACAGUAAAAGUGGAAGGCUGUCCAAAAUAUCCUAAGGGAAUCAUUUCACGUAGAGAUGUGGAAAAAUUUCUUUCAAAGAAGAGAUUUCCGAAGAACUACAUGACACAGUACUUUAAACUCCUAGAAAAAUUUCAGAUUGCCUUGCCCAUAGGAGAAGAAUAUUUGCUGGUUCCAAGCAGCUUGUCUGACCACAGACCUGUGAUAGAGCUUCCCCAUUGUGAGAACUCUGAAAUUAUCAUUCGGCUUUAUGAAAUGCCUUAUUUCCCAAUGGGAUUUUGGUCAAGAUUAAUCAAUCGGUUACUUGAAAUUUCACCUUACAUGCUUUCAGGAAGAGAACGAGCCCUUCGCCCGAACAGAAUGUAUUGGCGACAAGGCAUCUACUUGAAUUGGUCUCCUGAAGCUUAUUGUCUGGUAGGAUCUGAGGUCUUAGACAAUCAACAGGAGAGUUUCUUAAAGAUUACAGUUCCUUCCUGUAGAAAAGGCUGUAUUCUCUUGGGCCAAGUUGUGGACCACAUCGAUUCUCUCAUGGAAGAAUGGUUUCCUGGGUUACUAGAGAUUGAUAUUUGUGGUGAAGGAGAAACUCUGUUGAAGAAAUGGGCGUUAUAUAGUUUUAACGAUGGUGAAGAACAUCAAAAAAUCUUACUUGAUGACCUGAUAAAGAAAGCAGAAGAAGGAGACCUCUUGGUAAAUCCAUAUCAACCAAGACUCACAAUUCCUAUAUCUCAGAUCGCUCCUGACUUGAUUUUGGCUGACCUGCCUAGAAAUAUUAUGUUGAAUAGUGAUGAGUUGGAAUUUGAGCAAGCCCCAGAAUUCCUUUUAGGCGAUGGCAGCUUUGGAUCAGUUUAUCGAGCAGCCUACGAAGGAGAGGAAGUGGCUGUGAAGAUUUUUAAUAAGCACACAUCACUUAGGCUGCUGAGACAAGAGCUGGUGGUGCUCUGCCACCUUCACCACCCCAGUUUAAUAUCCCUGCUGGCGGCUGGGAUUCGUCCCCGGAUGCUGGUGAUGGAGCUGGCCUCCAAGGGCUCCUUGGAUCGCCUGCUUCAGCAGGACAAAGCCAGCCUCACCAGGACCCUCCAGCACAGGAUUGCGCUUCAUGUGGCUGACGGUUUGAGAUAUCUCCAUUCGGCCAUGAUUAUCUACCGAGACCUGAAGCCCCACAAUGUGCUGCUUUUCACCCUGUACCCCAACGCUGCCAUCAUUGCCAAGAUUGCUGACUACGGGAUUGCUCAGUACUGCUGCAGGAUGGGCAUAAAGACGUCAGAGGGCACACCAGGCUUCCGUGCUCCUGAAGUUGCCAGAGGAAAUGUCAUUUAUAACCAGCAGGCUGACGUCUAUUCAUUUGGUUUGCUGCUCUAUGACAUUUUGACAACUGGAGGUAGAAUAGUAGAGGGUUUGAAGUUUCCAAAUGAGUUUGAUGAAUUAGCAAUACAAGGAAAAUUACCUGAUCCAGUUAGAGAAUAUGGUUGUGCACCCUGGCCUAACGUUGAGAAGUUAAUUAAAAAGUGUUUGAAAGAAAAUCCCCAGGAAAGGCCUACUUCUGCCCAGGUGUUUGACAUUUUGAACUCAGCUGAGUUAAUCUGUCUUAUGAGACAUAUUUUGAUACCUAAAAACAUUAUUGCUGAAUGCAUGGUUUCUAUGAAUCCUAACAGCAAGAAUGCAAACAUCUGGCUGGGCUGUGGGCACACUGACAAAGGGCAGCUCUCCCGUCUUGACUUAAACACCAAAGGACACACUUUGGAGGAGGUGACUGAUAGCAGAAUACUGUGCUUGGCUGUGGUGACUCUUCCUAACGAGAAGGAGAGCUGGGUUGUGUCUGGGACGCAGUCGGGUUCUCUCCUGGUCAUCAAUGCUGACGAUGGGGCAAAGAGACACACUCUUGAAAAGAUGACAGAUUCUGUUACUUGCCUGUAUUACAAUUCUUUCUCCAAGCAAAACAAGCCAAAUAAUUUUCUUUUGGUGGGAACUGCUGAUGGCAAUUUAGCGAUUUUUGAAGAUAAAAAUGUUAAGUGUAAAGGAGCUGCACCUCUGAAGACGCUACAUAUAGGGGAUGUCAGAACCCCACUGAUGUGUUUGAGCGAAUCCAUGAACACCAGUGAGAGGAAUAUCACGUGGGGAGGAUGUGGCACAAAGAUUUUCUCAUUUUCUAAUGACUUCACGAUUCAGAAACUGAUUGAGACAAGGACAAAUCAGCUGUUUUCUUAUGCAACGUUCAGUGAUUCCAACAUCAUAGCAGUGGUGGUAGACACAGCUCUCUAUGUUGCUAAGAAAAAUAGCCCUGUUGUGGAAGUGUGGGACAAGAAAACUGAAAAACUCUGCGAACUAAUAGACUGUGUGCAGUUAUUAAAGGGAGUAACAGUAAAAGUCAACAAGGAAUCAAAACACAAAAUGUCCUAUUCUGGGAGAGUGAAAACUCUGUGCCUUCAGAAGAACACUGCUCUCUGGAUAGGAACUGGAGGAGGCCACAUUUUACUCCUGGAUCUUUCCACUCGUCGAAUCAUACGUAUAAUUUACAACUUUUGUGAUUCCGUGAGAGUCAUGAUGACAGCACAAUUAGGAAGCCUUAAAAAUGUCAUGCUGGUUUUGGGGUAUGACCGGAAAAGUUCCGAAGGUACACAACAUCAAAAAGAGAUACAAUCUUGUUUGUCAGUUUGGGACAUCAAUCUUCCCCAUGAAGUGCAAAAUUUAGAAAAACACAUUGAAAUGCGACAAGAAUUAGCUGAAAAAAUGAGAAGAACAUCUGUUGAAUAAGUGGGAUGUCAGAAAUUUUUUAAAUGGGUGGGAAAAUUGUUCCUUGUAAAUAAUUCUUUUAAAAUGUUUAUAUUGAAAAGGAAACUUCUACUCUUUGAAGUGGCUCUUUUAUGAAGCAAUGUUUAUAUGUUUAUUUUUAAGUUAAAUAUAUGUAAAAUAGCUACCCGUGAAAAUGUGUUAUAAGGAAUUAUUUAAAAUACAGUGUUGGGCCAGGGAUUUAGCUCAGUGGUUCUGCUGCUUGCCUUACCAGUGCAAGGACCUUAGUUUGAUCCCAGUACCAAAAAAACAAAAAACAAUGUUAUAUUACAUGUGCGCCAUAAUUAAUUUAGUGAGUUAAUUAAAAUAAAUCUAUGAAGUAAUUAAUUGCAGUACUCACCCUAAAGUAACGAAGCAACCCUUUUGCUUUACUGUCCAUACUGCAGUUAAACUUUAUUUUAAAUUCUAUACUUAAUUACAGGAUUGAUGCCUUUUUAUUUUCUGGCAAUU